UUACCUUUUGCAAGACGCGACCUCGACAAAAAUCAUCUGUUUGGCAAUGCCAGCCCUCUGCUCUCGUGUCCAGCCUUGGGUACGAUGGUUGCAAUACCGCACGUUUGCCACAACGGUGGCCACGCCUUCGAGGACGCCGCAGACGGUCAUCGAAAAGGUGGUGCAGCGAUAUGCAGUUGGAUUUCCUGAAGGAAAGGCAGUCAAGGCGGGCGACUACGUGAUGAUACGCCCAGAGCAUGUCAUGACCCACGACAACACUGGACCCGUCAUCACUAAAUUCAAAUCCAUUGGGGCGACCAGGAUUCAUAAUACUUCCCAGCCUGUCUUCACUCUCGAUCACGACGUGCAGAAUAGGUCGCAGAAGAACCUCGCAAAGUACGCUAGCAUCGAGACCUUUGCCCGGCAGCAUGGUAUCGACUUUUAUCCGUCUGGCCGGGGAAUAGGGCAUCAAGUCUUGGUCGAGGAGGGAUACGCCUUCCCUCACACCCUCACCGUCGCCAGUGAUAGCCAUAGCAACAUGUACGGCGGCGUCGGAUGCGUCGGCACACCUAUCGUUCGAACAGAUGCUGCAGCGCUGUGGGCAACGGGAAAGACAUGGUGGCAGGUCCCGCGAAUGGUCAAGGUCGAGCUACGCGGAUGCCUGGCUCCUGGUGUAACAGGCAAGGAUGUUAUCGUUGCAUUGUGCGGAUCCUUCAACCGUGACGAAGUCCUCAACGCUGCCAUCGAGUUCACAGGAGACGGUAUUGCAGCCCUGAACAUCGACGACCGCCUCACCAUUGCCAACAUGACUACAGAAUGGGGCGCCUUGGCUGGCGUAUUCCCCGUCGACGACGUCACGUUGCAAUGGUACGAAGAUGCGGUGUCAAGAAUGGAGGCACGAACAUUUACCUCUCCCUCGGAUCCUUCAUUGAUUCCUCCACCUCCCGACCAUCCCCGUCUGAACUGUCAGCGCUUGAAUUCUCUUCGUGUUGCAAACAUCACAUCAGACCCCAACGCUGAAUAUUCUUCGCAUCUCAUAUUGGACUUGUCUACCCUCGUACCCCAUGUAUCGGGUCCCAAUAGCGUCAAAGUCUCGACUCCUCUUCCGGUUCUCCAAGAUGCGCAGAUCAAUAUCCAGAAAGCAUACCUCGUCAGCUGCACAAACUCCCGAGUAUCCGAUCUCGCAGCAGCAGCAGCAGUUCUGAAAGGACACAAGGUCGCUCCAGGCGUAGAAUUUUACGUCGCGGCUGCCAGUUCUGUGGUUCAGCAGGAAUCCGAACGGUUAGGUGACUGGGAAACGCUCGUUUUGUCUGGCGCAAAGGUUCUCCCGGCAGGAUGCGGUCCUUGUAUCGGGCUCGGAACCGGGUUAUUGGAAGAAGGAGAAACGGGUAUCAGUGCAACUAACAGGAACUACAAGGGACGGAUGGGACAUCCAAAGGCACAGGCAUAUCUUGCUUCUCCCGCCGUUGUUGCAGCCAGCGCUAUCAAGGGGUACAUAUGUAGUCCCGAUUCCUUGGAUGCUGAUGCUCUGCCGAAAACUAAUGCGCCCACAUUCUCUCUAUCUGAUGUCCCACCUGUCACAACUACUGUUUCAUCCGCGGCUGAGAAUCCUGUUCUCCCAGGGUUUCCGUUCAACUUUUCUGGCCCACUUCUUUUUGCACCACAGGAUAACCUCAACACCGACGGCAUAUAUCCCGGAAAGUACACCUACCAGGAUGAUAUCACCCUAGAGCGGCAAGCUGAGGUGGUGAUGGAGAACUACGACCCAUCCUUUGCCUCCACUGUGUCUUCCAUUCUUAAGACCCAAAAAGGCUCUCCUGCCGAACCAACCGAAAAGAAAGGCGUCAUUCUUGUGUCGGGGUACAACUUUGGGACAGGUUCCUCUCGCGAGCAGGCCGCGACAGCACUAAAAGCCGCUGGUGUGCCUGUUGUUAUUGCGGGUUCCUUUGGUGACAUCUUCAAGCGGAAUGCGAUCAACAAUGGGCUGGUGUGCCUUGAGAGUCCGGAGCUUGUCAAGGACCUCAGUGAACAGUAUGCCAAGGGUGGUCGACGAGGCGCAGGCGGAACUGAUGGCGAGCUGACCGUCAAUAAAGGUCUGUCUGUCGACAUCGGCAUGAUAGAUGGCAAGAUGGUUGUGACUUGGGUCUCAGAGGGUCAGAGUAAGACUUAUCACGUCAGGCCCAUAGGCGCGAGUGUGCAGGAGCUGUGGAUCUGUGGAGGCCUGGAGGGAUACAUCCUUAAGGAAAUACAGGCCCGAGCGUAGUGAAAAGCAUCCAAUUGUAUGUAUCCUCCAUUAAUUUCGACGAAUCUUUAUGUUGUAUCCAUAGAAUUCAGCAUGUGGCAAAAGUACAGAUGAGUUGUAGAUAAGUAAAUUCAGCAUACACCAGUCCAAUUUUGGGAUCAGAGGUAUCACAGGAAGGGGUUCCAUACACUACGAACCGAAUUCUUGGGUGUAGUAGCAAUGUCAAGCCUUGUAUCGGG